GUACGAAAAUACACAAGCACAUGUUUCCAUUUGUGCAUUCGAGGGGGGAGAAAAAAGUAUAAUAAGACAAAGGAAGAAUAACGAAUGGAGAGUGCAGUCUCGGCCGACAUUGUGAGAGCACCUCGCUCAUCGCCACGGAAAGCUGCUUUUUCCCAUCGCGCACCCAUCCGCAGUUGGAUCCCAUUGCACUCGUGCACUGCAGUCCCAUGAAGUAUAUAGCCCCUCGUUUCUCUCCAUUACUGAUCCGGGACAGGUGCUGUUGACUUCCUGGCGACAGGGGAUCAUCGGGCCUUCAAGAUCCGUCUACUUGUGGUGAUCGGGUGCCGCAGCUGGGCUGCUGCGGGGAGCUUUGAUCGCUGCCAGGAUGGCGUCUUCGUCGUUGCCCUUGGCGGUGGUUCUCCUGCUCCUGGUUUCUGCUUGCUCUUCCCAAGCUCUCCCUGGAUACCGUGUUCUGCCUCACCGUUUUCUCGAAGCUGGGAGUGAUUCUGACAACUCGCGGUCGUCGGGAGCUUUGAAGAAAAACCUGCGGGAAAUGUUGUCUUCUGUCGUUUCCUCUCCACCCCCUCAUAAGUCACCGCAUAAACAACAUUCAUCUCCACCGCCUGCGUGUCCGCCACCGCCACCGACACCGCCACCGACACCGGUAGCGCCUACUUCAAUUUAAUCUCCACCUCCUCCACCACAACCAUCGCCGCCGCCCAGGAUAUUCUCACAUCCACCACCCAGGAUAUAGUCUACUCACAUCCACCACCCAGGAUAUAGUCUACUCACAUCCACCACCCAGGAUAUACUCUACUCACAUCCACCGCCCAGGAUAUACUCACGUCCACCGCACAGGAGACAUCGUCCUCCACCUUGCGACGAUUUCGGUGACCAUCACUAGAAGUGAUCUUCCACAGCAGGAAUCGUUGAAAGCUGAAGGAACUUCUCUGUGGUCUACUCCUAUUAUUCUGUUAAUAAGCGUAGAAUAGAUAGCAAAUGUACAUCGUUGCAGAGCUUCUAUUCAAGUGCCAAGAUAUAUUUAUUUUAUUUUAUCUUA